CCCACACAAACUCGCUCAUAAGCCAAGAAACGUUCUCCCCAGAGCUCGCUGGUUAACAACACGUCCGUAGCCAUGGUGCACGCCGACGAAACCACACACAUCCUCCUCGUCCCGUACCCGGCCCAGGGCCACCUCAACCCGAUCCUCCAGUUCGGCAAGCGGCUCGCCGGCCACGGCGGCGUCCGGUGCACCGUCGCGGCGACCAAGUUCGUCGUCGGCUCCACGAAGCCGUCCCCGGGCUCGGUGCACGUCGCCGUUUUCUCCGACGGCUGCGACGCCGGCGGGCCCGCUGAGCUGGGCGGGCACAAGGGCCCCUACUUCGAGCAGCUGGAGUCGGCCGGGUCCGAGGCGCUGGACGAGCUCCUCCGGACCGAGGCGGCGAGUGGCCGCCCAGUGCGCGUGGUGGUGUACGACACGUUCAUGCCGUGGGUGGCGCCCCUGGCGCGGCGGUACGGGGCGGCGUGCGCGGCGGUGCUCACCCAGACGUGCGCCGUGGACGUCGUGUACACGCACGCACGAGCCGGGCGCGUGCCGGUGCCGGUGCGCAAGGGGGACUCCCCACUCGAGCUCCCUGGACUGUCGUGCCGGCUCGGCGCCGCCGACGUGCCGACGUUCCUGACCGACUCCGACGCGCACCACCCGUCCCUACGCGACAUGCUGAUGAACCAGUUCGCCGGGCUCGGCGCCGUGGAUCACGUGUUCGUCAAGUUUGAAGAAGUGAAGAACUUCUCUGCAAAAAGGAUCUACUGA